AUGUUCAAUUAUCUUUUAGUUAUUGCAAGUUUAUAAUCAUAAAUCAAGAUAAAUCUUGCUCAAAGUAUAGGGAAGUACUUCAAUAAUUUUCUAAAUUUCUAUUCGUUGAUUUAUUUUACUUAUUGUAUUUAAUUAUCAGCCUUUAAAAUAAAAUAUAAAAUAUAUAUUAUCAACAAUAGUAGAAAGGCUAAGGGAAAAGACCUGAAAUAUUUAAAAAUAUUUUCAUUUUAAAACAUCCCUUAUAUUAUUCUUGUGGAAAUAUGUUUUUUAAUCAAAAAUUUAAAAUGGAAAUUCAAAAGUGAAAAAAAUAAAUAUGAAACAUGUAAUAAAAAUGGUUAAAAAACAAAUGAUUAAGUAUUAAUUAAUUUUAAACAAUAUGUAAUAAAAGCUAACUAAAAAUAAUUUAGUAAAUAAUCAUGUAAAGCCGAGUGGCGCAAUGGUAGCGCAGCAGACUUCUAAUCUGAAGGUUGUGGGUUCGAGUCCCACCUUGGUUGCCAUUUUUAUUUUUUUAACUUAAAUAAAAAAAAGAAAUGUAAUGAAUGUACUGUAAUAAAUAUUAGAGGAAAUUAAUAAAAAUUAAUUGUAAAGUAACUUUGUAUAGUAAUUAUUAGGUUUUUCAUUCAUAUAAAUUUAAACCUUGCUAAUUUUAAAAUUAAUAUAGUUAGUUAGUUUGCAGUUUAAAAUUUUAAUAUAAAUAUUUAAAAUAAAUGA